AUUUAUCACAAGGUGUCUGCUAACAGGCAUUCACUUGCACAAUGGUUUGGACUAGAUUCUCUUGUAUUCUCUCUUUCACCUUGCUUUUUGCCCAUAUAACAGCUAUAUCGAUUAAACAUCUUUCUAAAGGAAAUGAACAUGAUGCCAAUUUUGGUGAACAGAAGGGCAUUUCAGAAAUCAAUUUAGAUGCAGGCUUGAACCUCUUUCAAGGGGACAUCUUCUUGCGGAACUCCAGAAAUGGCCUGAGAGACCCAACCACCAGGUGGAAGUUCCCCAUUCCUUACAUUCUGGCUGAUAAUCUGGAGCUGAAUGCCAAAGGAGCCAUUCUCUAUGCCUUUGAAAUGUUCCGCCUCAAGUCCUGUGUGGAUUUUAAACCUUAUGAAGGCGAGAGCUCAUAUAUCAUAUUUCAGAAGUUUGAUGGAUGCUGGUCUGAAGUUGGCGACAAACAUGUGGGACAGAAUCUUUCCAUUGGCUCAAGGUGUGACAAUAAGGCCAUCAUUGAACAUGAGAUCCUGCACGCUUUGGGAUUUUACCAUGAGCAGUCAAGGACUGACCGAGAUGAUUAUGUGAACAUCUGGUGGGAUGCAAUUAUUCCAGGUUACCAGCACAACUUUAACACCUAUAAUGACAACUUCAUCACAGACCUCAACACACCCUAUGAUUAUGAGUCUUUGAUGCACUACGAACCUUUCUCAUUUAACAAGAAUGAAAGUGUCCCUACCAUCACGGCCAAAAUCCCUGAAUUUAAUUCUGUCAUUGGGCAGCGCCUGGAUUUCAGUGCCAUUGAUUUAGAAAGGCUGAACCGAAUGUACAAUUGCACAACAACUCACACCCUUUUAGACCACUGUGCUUUUGAGAAGGCAAACAUCUGUGGCAUGAUUCAGGGCACAAGAGAUGAUGCUGACUGGGCUCAUCAGGACAGUGCUCAGCCAGGACAAGAGGAUCACACCUUGGUGGGACGCUGCACAGAUGCUGGCUACUUCAUGCACUUCAACACCAGCUCUGGGUCAGCAGAAGAGGCAGCCUUGCUGGAGUCACGGAUUCUUUACCCAAAGAGGAAGCAGCAGUGCUUGCAGUUUUUCUACAAAAUGACAGGAAGCCAUUCAGAUAGACUGGUUGUCUGGGUCAGGAGGGAUGACAGCACAGGCAAUGUUCGCAAGCUGGUCAAAGUGAAGACUUUCCAAGGAGAUCUUGAUCAAAAUUGGAAAAUUGCUCAUGUGACACUCAGAGAGGAAAAGAAGUUUCGCUACCUUUUCCAGGGCACAAGAGGUAACCCCCAGAACUCCAGUGGAGGGAUUUACCUUGAUGACAUCACUCUGAUGGAAAUGCCAUGCCCAACGGGGGUUUGGACAGUACGGAACUUCUCCCAGGUUCUCACGAAUACAGUGCAAGGAGACAAACUCCAGAGCCCUCGAUUCUACAAUUUAGAGGGAUAUGGUUUUGGUUUGACCUUAUAUCCCCAUGGCAGAAUAAACUCCAUUAGCUCUGGCUACACAGGGCUGACUUUUCACCUGUGCAGUGGCGAAAAUGAUGCUAUCCUGGAGUGGCCAGUUGUAAACAGACAGGUGAUAAUGACAAUUCUUGACCAGGAACCCGAUGUUAGAAAUAGGAUGUCAUCCAGCCUGGUGUUCACUACCUCCGAGUCCCAGACUUCUUCAGCAAUAAAUGACUCUGUCAUCUGGGACAGACCAUCCACAGUGGGAUCCUAUGAUCAGGGCUGUGAUUGUUUUCGAAGCAUAGACUGGGGUUGGAGUGGUUUCAUCUCCCACGAAAUGCUGAAAAGGAGGAGUUUCCUUAAAAAUGAUGACCUCAUCAUUUUUGUGGACUUUGAAGAUAUCACCCACCUUAACAAGACUGAAGUUCCCACUAAAAACACAAGGCUAAUCCCCCAAGGCCUUAUUCUCCAUGAUCAAGAGCAGCAAGCCCCAGGAAAAGGUUCAGGGAAGGCCUUGUUAGAGGAAGUCCCACCUGGCAGCCUGGGCCAGGGGCAGCCCAGCCGACCGAAGCGGUCAGUGGAGAACACAGGCCCCAUGGACUACCACAACUGGCCACAGUACUUAAGAGACCCAUGUGACCCAAACCCUUGCCAAAACGAUGGCACCUGUGUGAACGUGAAGGGAAUGGCGAGCUGCAGGUGCGUCUCUGGACAUGCCUUCUUUUACACAGGGGAGCGUUGCCAGGCAAUGCAAGUGCACGGCAGCAUCCUGGGGCUGAUGAUCGGAGGCACAGCCGGCUCAAUCUUCUUGACCUUCACCAUCCUCUCCAUCCUUUCUCAAAAGCUAAGGCCCACACCCAGCUGCUGA